GCGUCCAACGACGUAACGCGUCGUGUUUUCAACUUCGAACUGGUUUCUCUGGAUAUGACCGAUCCUUCAGACAACGUCGACAACUUGCUUCGAUCGGAAGACGAAGCUCGAGAGCCAGACCAACAAGAUCCUGUGGCGCCGAACUUAGCUCCAACGAACAACCAAGACCACUCAGAGCCCUCCAACCUGGCAGACACGUUCUCCCUUUUCAAAGACUACCUUGAUAAGAAGCUCGCAAAUCUAAAGGACGACCUCAAAGACGAGGCAUCCGCGACAACUGAAACGUUGAAAAAGAAACUUAAAGAAMAGUCGGAUAUCAGAUUCAAAUACGAGGGCAAUAAWYAACAGCACAAAUUCAAUUCCACCCUAGCCGAGCACGUGGAGGCAGCAAAAUCAGCUUUAGGCAAGAGAAAGUACUCGGCYGCAAACAGUGCUUUGGACAAGCUAGCUACUGAGAUCAAGAAGAGGAACAAGUUAAUAAGAUUAGUAGACAAGUCUCCGGCUGGGUGGGACUUUGCGCACGAAUACCUGUCAGAYGAGCUGGCGAGCGGAAGCGAAGAUGAAAAGAAAAUAAGGAAAGCUGAACAAGCGGCCUUACGUAAAAAAGCGCAGUCCAAAACGAGAAAUAGGCCAGUAAGACCCAGAUCACAGCCAUUUACGGUAACCAAUCAACAAUCCACGAGUCAAGUCCCCAAUCCAUCCUUUCCUAACCAACAGACAGCCUUCUAYGCAUCCRGUCGCGUUGUUCAGCCUCAACGGUUUCAGCCCAGAAGAGCAGGACCAAAYGACAUCUGCUUUGCGUGCGGACUGCAGGGGCACUGGAGAAGCGAAUGCAGAAGGUCGACGAGAAAUAUCCCAGUAAGCACUAACACGGCGCAAAAUACAGGAGGUAACUAACGACUUGACACGCGCUUGCGUGGACUAUAUUUAAGCUUAUAAGUUAUGGAAUCGUACGAUAUUGAUUACGUUAUUGACAAUAACUCGGACAAUUAUGGAUUGUCAGAAUUUGARCAAGACGAUCAUCCGCCUAUUCUAAGGGGCAGAUUAAAGCGCCAUUUGCCGUAUUGGGCCUCUAUUGAUGCAAGCGCGUUUGCCCUGGACGUGAUUGAUAGCGGGUAUCGGCUCCCCUUUAU